AAGGGGAUGCCGACAGACAUAGCGUCUCAGAAGCAUCCAAAUGUGAGAAUAGGCGUCUGAGAGAUGAGCAAAGCAUAGAUAAACGUGAAAUAUGGAUGUAUGGCCUCCAGUUUGGAAAUAGAGAUGUAGUUAGAAGCAUGCCGCCUUUCUACAUCUCUCGUUGGCUCCUCUUUAUUUUGAUCUCGACGGUUUGGGAGGCAUUCGCCAAAUCUCUUCCAGACCAGGGAGCAUUUGAGGUCGAGAUCAGAGUUCAGGUGUUCGACAACAGUGACCUUUCCCCUUUGGCUGAUGCUGAUGUGGUGGUUCAUGGGAACCAGUCCGUCUUGGCAUCCAGCAGGGCGGGAAGUGAUGGCGUUCUUAGAGUCAGCUUCCUGUACCGUCCAGACACCUGGGUCAUCAUCUCAGCGUCCAAACAGGAUUACGUCACCAACUCUGUCCCCUGGCAUUCGAACCGGAUUCCCUUGUAUGCAUCUGUUAGCUUGUACCUUCUCGUCCAGAGGCCAGGAACCCUAAUCUUGUAUGAGGAUGUCAUCCAGAUCUUGUGUGGGUCCCCAGGUGCACGGAACCAGCCUUUGGUUCAGCUCCAGAGGAAGUCCCUUCAGCUGUCAGACAGUUCUAAUUACACUGCUCUGUCAGCUGUGCUAACCACAGCCAAGAGCCAGUAUGAGAUAGGGGGCUUUCCUUACCUGCUUGGCCAGGAGACCAACAGCUCAGGGUCCGAAACAGGUUGGACCGAUCUAACAGCAUUGGCAGUGGUCAGUGUGCAGCUGUUUGACCGUGAGGGCAAAGCCAUCCAGGUAUCGGACCCAAUCCAUGUCUCUGUGCCUCUGCCAUCGGAUACCCGCACCCGGAUCGCCACCAGUAUACCCUCCUGGGUGUUUCAGCCCAAGACAGGUCUUUGGGUCAGAAAUGGUACUGGAUACAUCAAGAAGGAGGGAACACAACUUAUCUGGAAUGUGGUGGUUUCUCAGUUGGGGUACUGGUUAGCAGCCUUUCCAUCAUCUGCAGGCAUGGGGUUGGGUCACCCUGGCCUGAGGGAUAUCACCACAUAUCACACCCUUUUCCUGCUCUCCAUCCUGGGCUCCCUGGCUCUGAUUGUCCUCAUCCUGUUGUGUGUGCUGCUCUACUACUGCAGACGUAAGUGUCUGAAACCACGACGACAGCAAGGCAAGCCCCACGCCUCUACCCUGAAUGGGUCCAAACGUGACCAAGGCACAUCCACUUCCCGACUCAACCUCAUUUGUGGCGGUCAUGUUGAAUCUGGCCCCUCUAAUGAUCCUGGUAAAUCCGACUCAUCCCCAUCUCGAGACUACCAGAGCUCACGGGAGGAGUUUGCCAAGCAUGUCCCUGCUCAUAAGCUACGACAUGCAAAGGGGAAAAAUGCUUUAGGACCUCAAAGAGGUGAAAGCUUCCCCAUGAAGGUGACUCGCGCAACUGAAACCAACAACUUAGACCCCCCUUUGUUACAUGAAGACUACUCAAGAAGCUACAGCCCAAUGGAAGACAAGGAAUCGGAAUACCACCGCCAUCACAGUGCCAACGACAACCGGGGCUACACCUCCGACCCCCCGUCCCCGCCUCGUUUUCAAGGUCACAUGUCGGACAAGUCAGACAAACCUCCGGAGUACUCUGCGGCUGCAGCUGACCACCUCGCCAGACCGACCUCACUUAACACCCAACCGGGGCAGAUCAUCUUCUGUAGCUCUAUCGACCAAAUGAAAGAGAACAUGUACAGAAGCAUGGUGCCUACCUUAGUAAUACCGGCCCAUUACAUGCGUCUGUCUUCUGAGUUCUCUGGCAAAGAUGGGAAGGAGCAGCAGCAGGAUAAGGAUGGGACACCUAUGGGUGCUGGCCAGUCGCACCACCAUUCCCAGCAACAGUCCCAGCAGCAACAGCAACAGUCCGGUUCUCAAGGGGAGGACUCUGAAGAACCUAGCUGGGCCUCAGAUUCCUCUGGUGGUCCCGUGAGGAUACCUGUUCUAUUCAAUGACUCGACCAUGGCCCAGAUGAAUGGUGAACUCCAGGCUUUGACAGAGAAGAAGCUUCUUGAACUUGGGGUGAAGCAGCACCCACGGGCGUGGUUCAUCUCCAUGGACGGACGUGCCAAUGCCCAUGUGCGCCACUCCUACAUUGACGUGGGGAAUGACCUUAGCGGCGGUGGUCUCAGUGCCACUUGCAGUGCUAUCCGAGACAUCAACCUCGAUUCGUCCAUGGACGCUCAAGAACGCAAGGCUGCAGCAAUCCGGAAGGGCAAAUACGAACGAUGGGGAACCGGAGGACGCAAAGGCCACAGCGGCGGAAAGACCUACUCGAAGUUAGCUUACCCAGAUCACAGUGAGCCUAGCAGUAGUGAAGGACGUCCGGUGUCGCCUGAGGAGAACUCCCUCACCCCUCUUCUGGAUGAUGGCCCCUCGUCUCGGGGUUCCACCAUUCCUAGAAGGGGCCGAAGUCGCGUGAAUAGCAGCCGCAGCAGUAACGGCGAGAACCGUCGAGACUCCAUGACCAGCCCUGAAGACGAUCCAGAUGACAAGGACGAAAACAAGAAGAGUCCGUGGCAGAAAAUUGAAGAUAGGCCUCUCAUGGUCUUUCACCCCAAGAAGUAAGACUUUGGUUUAAGGCUAAGGGGGACAUUGGAGGUUCCAAAAGCUAUGUGGAGACACCUGAGAGCACAUAAAAAAAGAAAAUGGUUUAGUAGAUCAUCAAGAAAUAAAAAAUAAGCACAUGAAGCUUGACUCAAUAAAGGUUAUUUAUGAAUCCUUCCAUUUUGAUCAGGUUUUAUAUUUACGAACACUACCAUUUUACGUUGCCAUUUGGUUUCAUUGAAGCCUUUAAUUAAAAAUGAUUCAAGAUCAAAUUUAAGAAUGAAUCAUUGCAUAACAUUCAAACUUUGGAAAUAGCCAUCUUUCAGAACAAAAAAAACAUUUGGGUUGUAUUAAUCUAGAGCACUUACUAAUCACUUACUAAACUAAUGGAACUUGCCCAGUAAUGUGAAGAUACUUUUCAAAUUUUAUAUUGGAAAGCUGAAAUGACUUUUUUCAUUCCUUGGACUAGUGUUUCACAUUUUGAAGGCUCACUUAGAGGUUUGUAGAUGUGUCAUCCUUGUCAACUUUGGUAGUCAUCCCUGGAUCACGAGAAGGAGAUAACUCUUCCAGAGAACACCCAUCCCAAAACUGUGUAUUAUUCCUUGUUUAUGUCUUUAUUCAUUUCUAUAUUAGAGAUUUUUGUUGAUUGAUAGUGUUGUUAUUUGGCCCUCAGUCAAUGGAUUGUGCAUACUAUAAAGUUCAAUGUAAAA